GUCUGCAUAAUAUAUCAUUAUUUCUUAUAUCAGAUAUAAAUACUCCAAGUUUCAUAAAGUUACAUAUCUAUUUUUUUUUUGCAUUUUCAAUGCAUGUUUAUUAACUGAUUGCUAAUUUAAAAAAAAACUUAAUUACACUUAAAUUUUUAUUGACUUAAAAUUAUAAAAAAAAUCACAAAAAAUUAUAUACAUUUAAUAUUUUUUAUUAAAAUGUGUAAAAAAUUUAAAAUAUGUAAUAUUUUGAAACGAAAAGAAUAUACAAUUAAAAAUGAGCCGAGAUAAUAAGACAUGCCAAUCAACGCAAAUAAUAGAUGGUUAACACAUUAGUUAUGGUGUGAAUUCUAAAAAUAAUUCACACUUGAUUUUAUCUAAAAGAGUUAUAAGACUAUAAAAAUUUAAAUCGAAGUGUUAAAAAAAAAAUGAUUUCAACAGUUGUAAAAAAAAAAAAAAGAAAUCAACCGAAAUGUUUGAAAGUUUCACCUAAUACUCUCCUAAACUGUGGUUAUAAAUUCUCUUCUUCACAGCAUCUUCCAACAACCCAAAACCACACGUAUUCUUCAUUCCUUCUCUAAGAACAUCAACCAAUGGGAGAAGCGGCGGAGCAAGCCCGUGACUGUGACUUCCACGUGACCAGCAAUAGGAAGCAGCUCAUCACGGCGGCUCUUCCACUCCAGGACCACUGGCUCCCUCUCUCAAACCUCGACCUCAUCCUUCCUCCUGUCCACGUUAGCGUUUGUUUCUGCUACAAGAAACCACGUAACAUGACUAAUUCAAUGGCUCAUGAAACCCUCAAGACGGCUUUGGCUGAGACUCUCGUCUCCUAUUACGCUUUUGCCGGCGAGAUUGUCACUAAUCCCACCGGAGAACCUGAGAUUCUCUGCAACAACCGCGGUGUAGAUUUCAUGGAGGCCGGUGCUGACGUGGACCUCCGAGAGCUUAACCUCUAUGAUCCUGAUGAAAGUAUUGUCAAGCUUGUUCCCAUCAAGAAACACGGAGUCAUAGCGAUUCAGGUGACUCAACUGAAAUGUGGGAGCAUAGUUGUGGGAUGCACAUUUGAUCAUCGUGUAGCAGAUGCAUACUCCAUGAACAUGUUCCUUGUAUCGUGGGCCGAGAUCUCUCGGUCCGAUGUACCAAUCUCUUGUGUACCAUCGUUUAGAAGAUCUCUAUUAAACCCUAGAAGACCAUUGGUCAUGGAUUCAGCUAUAGACCAGAUGUACAUACCUGUCACUUCCUUGCCCCCUCCGCAAGAAACCACCAAUCCAGACAGUAUCCUCGCCAGCCGUCUCUAUUACAUCAAAGCGGAUGCACUAGACGACCUUCAAGCCCUAGCUAGCGGCUCAAAACGUAGGACGAAACUUGAAUCGUUCAGCGCGUUUCUAUGGAAACUCGUGGCCAAACACGCGGCAACAGAUCCAGUCCCGAGCAAGAACUCGAAACUAGGAAUCGUUGUUGAUGGAAGGAGGAGAGUUAUGGAGCAAGAAAAAAAUACUUACUUCGGAAACGUUCUUUCAAUCCCAUUUGGUGGACAAAAGAUCGAUGACUUGGUCAACAAGCCAUUGUCUUGGGUGACCGAAGUGGUUCACAGGUUCUUGGAGAGUUCUGUGACCAAAGAACAUUUCUUGAACUUGAUUGAUUGGGUUGAGACACGCCGCCCAACACCUACGGUUUCAAGAAUCUACAGCACGGGGUCGGAGGACGGACCCGCCUUUGUGGUUUCUUCAGGGAGGAGUUUUCCGGUGACCCAAGUGGAUUUCGGGUGGGGCUCGCCGGUGUUCGGGUCUUAUCAUUUCCCAUGGGGAGGUAAUGCAGGAUAUGUGAUGCCUAUGCCGAGCUCGGUGGAGGAUGGAGACUGGAUGGUUUACUUGCACCUCACGAAAGGACAGUUGAAGUUUAUUGAGGAAGAGGCUUCUCAAGUGCUUAAACCUAUUGACAAUAAUUACCUCAAGAUUUAAAACACUAAUCUGUUGUUAAUGCAAUAUCUAUUACGGUUCAUUUGUGUUAUGCAUGUCAUAUGUGAUAUUAUGUUUGCUUGCGUCUUUGUUCUAUUUGAAUUAUGUGUAUAAUAUGUACUUUGUGUAUCAAAUCAUAUCCCUUUGAUUUUUGGUUCAGUUACUUGGAUGAUGUUGCUCAAUCUAAUAUUUGCACAGUAAUCAAUUAGUUGAUUUUUUUCCAACAACAUACAUUCAAGGGUUUGAGUCCAGAUAGUAACACCACCAACAUUAUUAAAUUACAUGAUCAGUUCUAUUUAAUUUUGUUUGUAAACUAUAGGUAAUUACUUACAAUUGCUCUUAUUCAAUCUAUGAAAACCACCUUCUUGCACUAUGUCAUUAUACCUGUAAUUAUACGCAUUUGGUGUCAUUAGAAUGAAACAAAACAGAGUAGUCUUGACUAAAACAUA